UCGAUGUCGCGAGGACACGCGUCAAAUCGCUUCUCCAACCUCGUUACGUGUUUACGUGAAUCGCUUACUUUACCUACCUACAACUCCAGCAGGGAAUCCUCAUAGAAUUCAAUUUUAGUUUCCCCAUCCAGUGUGGGAAAGCAGUGGCACCGCUUGCAAAAGAUUUUCCCUUGGCACAAAAGUACCUUCAAGAUGAGAAAAAUGAGACACAUGUAUUGACAUAAACCUUACGAUCCACGUGUCUUGUAAUACUGUUUUUGCAUUACACCAGACUCCAUAAACUAAUGAUGAACAAUGAAACAAUACAGUUGUUUAAUAUAUUCUCUACGUAAAUUUCCUCUGAUUUGUUUUCCUUAAGGAAAACAGAUAAAAUAUUACUUUUUCAGCAACUAUAAAUUUAUAUGAUGGAAGAGCUUCCAUUGAUUUCUCAUUGAACAACAAUUAUAAAGUGGUGUGAUGAUUCAAAAUGAAUUUAGGAGAAAAUACACUACAGAAAAUGUAUUCAAUUUGAGGACAAUACUGUUAAUUACGGUGAUAGACUUUAGCCAUUAUGGGGAAUGCAAAAUCCAACACUAGUGAUUGUUCUAUUAUUACAAGCUGCUUCACGUAAUAAUGGCUAUUGUAGUCUCUGCAAAAUCUAAAGUCAUUACUGCUUUACUUCUGACAGGUCUCGGAACAGCAUUGACAAUGUUGAUAGGUGGGAUGUCGGGUUGGUUCGAGACGGACAACGGCAAAAUGCCUUGCGAUCCCAAUCUGCAGCCGCCAUCUUUGAACGGCGCCCCGACGUCGCAGGGCUGUCAUCAUGACGCUGACGCCGCCAGUCAGCUGGGGCCGUCAGACGUUGCUCCGCGUCAGCGACAUCAUAAGCAGGUGCAUCAUCGUCAUGUCUCGCACAAUCAUCACAACAGGCACAAAAAUAACAAGAGAGAGCACUCGAACCUGGAAGCUUCAACUACUUUGUACUUGAAACAGGAAAUGCACCCCAAGUAGUUGUAGAGUUACUUUCGUAUCUGCAAUGGAAAACACAAUCUCAUUUCUGUUAGAUGAGCUUUUCCAGUUCUGAAAUUAUUCAACGUAUAAUGUAUC